AAACAUUUGAAAAUAUUACACGAUUAAAUGAUCAUAUACAAAUGGAUCAUGAACAGAAAUCUGAAUAUCCAUGUUCAAUUUGUGGAAUUUUAUGUAAAACAAAAACUAUACUUAAAAGUCAUAAACGAAAACAUGCGCAACCAGAAGAAUAUUUAUGUCCGUAUUGUGGUAAAGUACUUAAAGAUGCAGCUUUUAUGAAAGAACAUUUGGGAUUACAUACAGGAGAAAAACGAUUUAACUGUAAAUAUUGUGAUUUAAAAUUUGUAUUUCGAACAGCAUUGUACAGUCAUAUGGUGACGCAUACUAAAAUAAGCAAGUAUAAAUGUAAAAUAUGUUUGAAAAGCUUUUGUCGAGCACAAAUUUUACGUCGUCAUCUACUCACACACGCAAAUGAAAAGAAAUAUGAUUGCAAAAUUUGUGGUUGGCGAUUUAGAGAUCCAUCUGAUAUGCGAAGACAUACACAAAUACAUUCAGGUUUAAAAGCACAUACUUGUGAAUUUUGUAAAAGAUCAUUUAUACGAAAAUAUCAAUUGACUGUGCAUUUACGUACGCACAUGGGAAUCAAACCAUUUGCUUGUACAGAAUGUGACAAGAAAUUUAGUCAAAAGCAUGUAUUACUUAGUCAUAUGAACAGGCAUCAUGAUAAAACAUAAAUUUUAUCAGUUUUAAGGUAGGUAUAGUAGUUAAUAUGAAG